AUGCAGACGAACACUCAAAAGACCAAGUCACCAAAGGAGACUUUCGUAUGUGGAAUAUGCCAAAAAUCUUUCGCCCGGAAACAGCAUUUGACGAUACAUAUUCGUGGUCACACUGGAGAGAAACCUUUCAAAUGUAACAUCUGUAAUAAGGCAUUUAAACAAUCAGCACAUAGAGACUCGCACGUCAAGACGCAUUCUGGAGAGAAACAUCAUAAAUGUGAUAUUUGUGAAAAGUCUUUCGCACGAAGACAUCAUCUAGAAGUUCAUUUAAAAACACACGCUCACGAGAAACCGUUCAUUUGUAAAGAUUGUGGCACAACUUUCGAACAGUUGGGAUUUUUCUUACAUCACAAAACCACAGUGCAUUCUGGGAUAUUUCCAUCCAAAUCUACCUCAACGCGACUGAUAUGUGACGUUUGUGGAAAAUCAUUUGCUGGAAAAAGAGACUUGGAAAUUCAUCAACGAAUUCAUACAGAGACUAGACCUUUUAAAUGUGACCUUUGCAGCAAAUCAUACAAUCAAAGAACUAGCUUAAAGAUACAUUACAGAGUGCAUACAGGAGAGAGACCAUUCAAAUGUGAAGUUUGUCCCAAAGAUUUCGCAGACAAAUCUCAGCUCUCACGCCACAAAAGGACACACACGAAAGAGAAACCAUUCACUUGUGGGAUUUGCCAAACUUCUUUCAGUCAAAAUUCCCAUUUAAAGUCUCAUCUGAAAAUCCAUACUGGGGAGAAAAAUUUUCAAUGCCAUCUUUGCCAGAAGUCAUUUUUUUCUAAAAGUAAUUUGGUUAUUCAUAUGAAGGCUCAUACAGACUCUAAAAACUUCAAAUGCGAAGUAUGUUACAAGGAUUUCAAAUAUCGACAAACUUUACAGAAACACAUGGAAGGCCACGUGGAAGCCUUAAAAAAUGAGUGUCUGCUCCCCUGCGGAAUCUGUGGACUCUCCUUUCGAUUCAAAAGCGAUGUUCGAAGACACUUUAAAUCGCACGUGAAAGAGAAGCCAUACGAGUGUGACAUUUGUAGUAAAUCUUUUGCUCAAGAAAAUCAACUGGAACGACACAAACGUUCGCAUACGAAAGAGAAACCAUUUAAAUGUGAUGUUUGUGGGAACUGUUUUAGCCAGAGUUCUCAUCUGUUGACGCAUCUGAAGAUUCAUACUGGUGAAAAGGACUACCAGUGUCACCAAUGUGGACGUUCUUUCAACCAAAACAGUCAGUUAAAAUGUCAUCUCAUGACCCAUUCUGAUCUGAAACAGUUUGCGUGUGAGAUUUGCGGCAAAUGUUUUAAAUAUAAAACCACGGCAGACUUUCAUAUGUUGAAUCAUUUCCCUCGUGAAGUCAAUUCUUGUGGAAUAUGUGGCAGGAUGUUCAAGACUCAAUUUUACAUCGAAAAACAUUUGAUUAAAAGACACGUUUUGAAUUGA